CCGUAACAGCCACUGGGCAACAACCGGAGCAGCAGGUCGGUGAGUGGGGACUGCAAGUCAUCCUGACUCCGUCAUUUUAUCUCCAGCAGCAGCAGCAGCAGCAGUACCAGCAGCGGCCGGGCUCACCUGCUGUCCUCCGGCCUCUCUUCUCCCGUCCCGGACCCUCCGAUACCCGCACCAAAACACUGUUCAGCAACUUGUUAGCUUAGCCGCCGAGCAGCACAUGGAUCCCCAAAACAGCACCGAGGCGAAGCAGCUGCUGAACCACGCCAAGACUCUCCGACUGCACACCGGGAACCUGGUGAACCGGAGCCGCCUGAAGAAGAAGUGUCCCGGGUCAACGAGCGAGGAGCUUCGAGACUGCAUUCAGGCGACGCUGAGCGACUGGUUUUCCACGAACAAAGUGUCAUCCAAGGAGCUGCCAGAGACGCUGGACUGCUUCCUCUCUGAGGCAACAGAUGCUAUCACACCUGAAGAGAGGGAGGAGGUGAAGGUUUCAGUCAAGUUGUUCCUGUGUGAGUCGGGUCAGUCGUCCAUCAGAGAUGCAGUGGAGAUGGCCUGCCAGACGCUGGCGGUGUCUCAGCUGGACUCGGUGAUCAUAGCGCCCCCUGGCCCUCUGGAGGGUGACUGCCAGAGUCUGGCUCACCUGCAGCCAGCCUGGGAGCAGCUGGAGGCUCUGGUCAGGAGUCAAAAGAUCGCAGCCAUCGGAACCUCUGACCUGGACAAAGAUCUGCUGGAGCAGCUCUACAACUGGGCUCAGGUGAAGCCCAGCAGUAACCAGGUAAAUCUGGCCUCCUGCUGCGUGAUGCCUCCAGACCUGACAGCCUUCGCUAAAGAGUUCGAUAUCCAGCUGCUCACACACAACGAUGCCAAAGAGCUGAUGUCGGCGGCCACAUUCCAGGAGGCGGUUCAGGAAGGAGCUCAGGACCUGAGCAUCGCCGACUGGAGGCUGGAGUGGGUCCUGCGUUACUCCAUCAUCGUCAAGAGCAGAGGCAUCAUCAAGUCAAAGGGCUACCUGGUCAGCGCGAGGAAGGCGAGCCCCUAGCAGCAGCAGCAGCUGCAGAUAGACACACGGGGAUGAAGCCAUUUUCCUGUUUCCAUUCUCACACACAACAUGAACCCCGGACGCUGCCAAUCACCACGAGUCCUGAAGUCAUUGUUUUAUCUGACAGAAAAAAGUUGCAUCUUCCUCAUCUGUCAUCUGUUUUCUUUAACAGAUGCAGGUAUUCAGAGAUUUAAAACCAGGAAGGUGAACUUAGACUGACAGUGAGAUUCCCAGACCUCGCUAUGACCAGUUCACUGACAGAUCAGAAUGAUGGAGAACCGCCAUGUGAAGUGCCUCUCAUCAAUCGCUCCUCCUCUUCUCAUGCCUGCUUUAUCUAUUUGUUGGUGUGAUUCAAGCUUUAAAUCAGUCCGGGUGAAGGCAGAAAUGUUUGGUUUGUCGUAGAGAAUUCCACUUUGAACAGAGAAAUGGAAACUCCUCUUUUCAUUGGGGGGAAAAAGUCAGAUUUUAUUCACUCGAUUUAGAUUUUCCCGCUCUGUGUGUGUGUGUGUGAGUGUGUAUACGUCAUAUACAUUCCUUAAUUGAGAAAAACGAUGCACUACUUCAAACGCAGAUAUAUUUGUCAUGUUUAUUGUGUGAUACAGAUUGAAUUCACCACUCUGUGAGUUUAUUUUUGUCAUGAAAUGUUUACCCCCCGUGUGCUCAUGAGAUUAAUCCGAGGGAGAGUACAGCACUGUUUGGAGAUGGACGUACCUGGCAGGCUGACGUCUUCGCCUCGUAUUCGUUAUUAAAAAGCACUGGAAUCUCCACAUUCAGAGAUGUGAAGAAAUUGUUCAUUCUGAGGACGAAAUUUGUAUUUAUGAGUCCUGGUUGUUUUUCCAGACAGGGUCCAGUAAAUCCUAAACUUCUCAGUUGUACUGUAAGCAUAUUCAGUGUUGUCAGAUGUCUGUAUAUCCUGGAUUGGCUUCAUUAAAAGCAUGUUUUUACCAUCAACACUGGUGUUAAAAGAAGACAGGGUAAACACGGGCGAGUGUGACUGACUUUGAUGUGGUAACUGAAAAGAAAAAAACAUUAAAAUUUAAAAGAUAAAACUAUAUCUGAAAUGGAUGUACUGAGUUUAAAGUUAUUUUCUCCUGCAGAAUGUUUGAUGCUCACUUAAAAUUGAAUUAAAUGAAUUAGAAGUGGGCCUUUUAAUGCUACCUAAAGCUCUGUGCUGAUAGGAAAGAAGUUAUUUUAAUAGUUUAGAAUAUUAUUUGUGUUUGUUGUGAAUUUUGAGGUUUAGCUUUAUAGUUGAGUGUCGAGGUCUGAUCAGCCUAUUAAAGGGAUUUUGGGUGCAAAAAAUUGACUGGUUCUCCUGCUGCCUCACUUAAAAAUGAACCUGACAGUCAGUUUCCCAUCAUAGACUGUAUAAGAAACAUUUAAAUAUGCAUUUUAAAAAUAUGUAUGCUUAAUUAUGUUAUUACUGAAGCAAUCUAUGGUUCCCAUUAAAGCCUCUGCAACCAGA